UCCCAGGGAAAUAGAACAUAGACACCCAUUUGAGAAACCUCCUCUUGCAACCCACCAGAAUUCACUUCCCUUGACAACAUGUGUUGCAACUACUACGGCAACUCCUGUGGCUAUGGCUGUGGAAAUAGCUAUGGCUGUGGAUUUAGCCCUUAUUAUGGCUGUGGUUAUGGUACUGGAUAUGGCUGUGGAUACGGCUGUGGAUAUGGCUCCUGCUAUGGCUGUGGUUAUGGAACCAGAUAUGGCUGUGGAUACGGCUCCCGUUAUGGCUGUGGUUAUGGAACCGGAUAUGGCUGUGGAUAUGGCUCCUGCUGUGGCUGUGGAUAUGGCUCUGGCUCUGGCUACUGCAGUUACUGGCCAGUUUGCUAUAGGACGUGUUAUUCUUCUUGCUGCUAGAACAUCACUAUCCAAGCCCCAUUUGUUUCUGUAAUGAUACAUCUAAAGACAAUGCUGACUCAGGAUCUAUAACCCACGGUUGCUAUGUCCAAGAAAUUACAUGCCUGACAGAGGCUUUGAUCUCCAACUGCCCAUUUUUCUAUUGGCAUCUUUGUGGCUUGAGGCCCCGUGGUAGCAUCUGACCAUUUUCCAAAAGUUAGCCUUUACCCUCCUCAUUUUUUGACUCUCUGUUAUGACUGUAUUGAUGAUCCCAACAUUUUGCAAUUGAGGAAAUCACUUAUUCUCAAUAAAAAUGGUUCAUUGUUUCUAACAAUUCUAUGUAUA